UGGCCAGCAGCAUCAGCUCUGUUGUGGAUGAGAGGGAUCAAACCUGCUUCUCCUUCUCCCUCCGCGACCCGCUGCUCAGCCCCCUGACCGUCACAUAACUUGGACAAUUACGUUGAGUCACUGGAGUUCUGUGCGCGUGGCGAUCAUCUCUUGAUUUCUUCACAUCGGAUCCCUGCAGCAGACAAGUUGCACGCAGUGAAAGCGCCAUCCAGGUUGGAAGUACCGCGCCUCGGAGUCCCUGCACAGGAUUUGAGGUGGCUUAGUUGAAGCGCGACUGUCGUCUGAUAGAUGUCAACCUGCGCUGAUAUUUGUGUGUCCCCACAAACUAAGAUCUCUUCGGGCACGCUGAACAAACGGGUUGACUGGAACAGAGCUAAGCCCACACUCAGGCUGCUUGUGGUCUGACGGAACUCGCCCACUUCAAAGCUCUUCCUCGAUCUCGCUGUGCCAUCCAUCUGCUUCUGCUACAGAGGGGGAUGUCUGCUCUCUAACACCUCUCAGCCGCCUUAUCUAUACUAGAACGGUACUACUGCAAUCAAAGUCUCGACAUGGAGGAUUAUGAUGUUCGAUCGGCUGCCAGCAUCCUGGCCUCGGUGAAAGAGCAGGAGGCCCGUUUUGAGCAGCUCACACGAGCCCUUGAGGAGGAGCGACGCAACGUAACCCUGCAGCUGGAGCGCGCCAAUCUACCUCCCAACCUUCCUGUUAGCCAACCGCUAGCCUGGCAGCAGGUGGUGACGCAGGAGCAGAGCCCCAGCAACGCCACAUCCUUGGCCAUGAUGCAGGACCCACAGGAGGUGGUGGAGGAGACGGUCACGAUCGAGGAGGACCCCGGAACCCCCACCUCCCACGUCUCGGUGGUGACCUCGGAUGACGGGACAACACGGCGUACAGAAACCAAGGAUGUGUCAACUAACGUCAAGGUCACAAAGAUGGUGAAGACUGUCACCACGCGGACGGUCCGACAAUUGCCACUCGGUCCUGAUGGCCUACCUCUGCCGGAGGGAACGUCUCCGCUCGGGAGCUACACUGACUCCAUUGACCGGCGCUACAUGAAGAAUGGAAGCGAUAGAUUCAUCACACCACAAGCCACGUCCACUCUGACCCGUGGCUACAACAACUCCUACAACGACUCCUACGUUGACUCACCAGAAAGCCAGUACAUGCGCCACUACGGCCUGCACGAUGGCUACACCGAUUUAACGGAUAAUUAUGGAAGCCUGUCACGAGGUGUCAACUUCCGGCCACCGCGCUACCCGUACAUGCCAAACAGCUACAGGCCUGAGAACAGCUACACACUGCCGAUACGUAAGGACGACUACGGCCACAUGGCCCAGCCCCAGGUGCCAAUGGGCAGCAGCACUGUGGAUCUAAACCGCUCACAGCCGGAGCGCUUCCAGGCAGAACCAUACGGUCUGGAGGAUGAUCGACGUAGCGUGGGCGCUGAAGAGGAGGAGCCGUACGAACUUGAGCCUGACUACUCAACCGCUAGCCGACGUACGCUGCAGGCCGCCAACCGGGGUCGAACUCACCGGGAACCUCUUCGUGAUGGACCACGAGUCCGAGGGUACCCAGAUGACCCCAUCGAGGCAGAGAUGAUCGAUGAGCGCCACCAUUAUAUUCACGGCAUGUACUCGGCACCCUUGGCCCAGCCAGAGAGAGGCAGCAUGGCUAGUCUGGACCGCAUGGCUGGUCGUCGCUCACCCUCCAUUGACAGUAUCCGAAAAGACCCACGCUGGCGUGACCCUGACCUCCCAGAGGUCAUCGCCAUGCUGGGCCACCCCAUUGAUCCGGUCAAGUCCAACGCUGCGGCGUAUCUGCAACACCUUUGCUACGAAAAUGACAAAAUAAAGAAGGAUGUGCGUCAGCUAAAGGGGAUACCAGUGCUGGUGGGGCUCCUGGACCACCCCAAGUCUGAAGUCCACCGCAAAGCUUGCGGCGCCCUGCGGAACAUCUCUUACGGCAAAGACAACGAUAACAAGGUGGCCAUUAAAAACUGCGACGGCAUCCCAGCGCUCAUCCGCCUCCUGAGGAAGACCAAUGACAUGGAAGUCCGAGAGCUCAUCACAGGAACUCUCUGGAAUCUGUCGUCCUAUGAACCCUUGAAGAUGGUCAUCAUCAAUCACGGCCUGCAGACCAUGACCAACGAGGUCAUCAUCCCGCACUCUGGCUGGGAGCACGAGCCCAACGAGGACUCCAAGCCUCGGGAUGCUGAGUGGACCACCGUCUUCAAGAACACGUCCGGCUGCCUCAGAAACGUGAGCUCGGAUGGUGCGGAAGCUCGCCGCAGACUGAGGGAAUGUGACGGCCUGGUGGACGCUCUGCUGCACGCGCUCCAGUCAGCCGUGGGGAAGAAGGACAUGGACAAUAAGUCCGUGGAGAACUGCGUGUGUAUCAUGAGGAACCUCUCGUACCACGUCCACAAAGAGGUGCCAGGGGCGGAAAAGUUCCAGGACCCCUCGGCGUUACAGGCCCCUGGCUCAGCAGGGCUGCAGAGGAAGAAGAAAGACGAUGCUGGGUGCUUCGGUGGGAAGAAAGCCAAAGAGGAAUGGUUUAAUCAAGGCAGGAAAAAUGGUGAAAAUGACAAAAAUUAUGACACGUUGGAUCUGCCCAAGCGUACAGAGCCUUCGAGAGGCUUUGAGUUGCUGUAUCAGCCGGAAGUUGUGCGACUGUACCUGUCUCUGCUGACGGAGAGCCAGAACUACAACACCCUGGAGGCCGCUGCCGGAGCUCUGCAGAACCUCAGCGCCGGACAGUGGACUUGGUCCAACUACAUCCGAGCCAUGGUGCGGAAGGAGAAGGGUCUUCCUAUCCUGGUGGAGCUGCUGCGCUCUGACUCAGACAAGGUGGUCCGAGCCGUGGCCAUCGCGCUGCGCAACCUCUCCAUCGAUCGCCGCAACAAGGACCUGAUCGGGAGCUACGCCAUGAGGGACCUGGUCAGCAACCUGCCCAGUGGCCAGCAGCGGCCAGCUAAGAACCUGGAGGAGGACACAGUUGUGGCGAUCCUGAACACCAUCCACGAGAUAGUGACGGAGAGCUCUGAGAACGCUCGCUCCCUGAUCCAGGCCCAGGCCAUUGAGAAGCUGGUCGCCAUCAACCGGACCAGCCAAUCGGGCCGUGAAACAAAAGCGGCGUCGCACGUGCUGCAGACGGUGUGGAGCUACAAGGAGCUGAGGAACGCCCUGAUGAAGGACGGCUGGAACAAAAGCCACUUCCAGCCGACAGCGACACCAACACCUAAAGCAACCAAGAACGGCAAGCCAGGCUACGACGACACGACUCUGCCACUGAUGGAGAAGAACCAAGAUGGCUACUCCACCAUUGACCAGAGAGACAGAGACUGCAAAUACAAGACAGCUGACGGCUCGAUGGACCUGACAGAACGGGAGCCAUUAAAGAAUGACACAAAUAGGAAACACUAUAUCAGAAGUAACAGGCCUGCAGUCAGUCUGGUGGACGCUUGUGAUGUUAAGCCCCAGCCUGUUGAUUCCUGGGUCUAAUGCAUGCAUGGCUUGAAAAUAAUCGUAGAAGAACUCGGCUGUGUGAAACCAGAGGAGGAACUCUCAUCUCACCACUGCCAUUUCAUACAGAGCUCAUCUUUGGAGUUGAACUUUGUACAGACUGAAGGAUUUCCAGGAGUUAUGUAAGGAUACAGUAACAACAGCGACUACCAGGCAGCAGCCAGCGUUAAUGCUUUGAAGAAACAUUUUCUUGUUGUUCUAAAAAAAAAAAAAAAAAAAAGACUAAAAAAGAGACCUGCUACUUUGGCAUAUCUACAUUCCCACUGGACAGCAUGUGAAUAUUUGAAGAAGCCGAUGAAGGAAGUGAAGGACGAAGACAGAGGAGAGGAAGUGAGAUCUGUUGAGGUUCAUUAUUCACGUCUGGAAGAUUCUCCUAUUGAGUUUGACUUUCAGUGUGAACAGGAAGAAAGUGUUGGAGGGGGAUGAAGAAGAUAAACGGAUAAUCAGAAACGUCACCACUGUGUUAAGUAGGAGCUGCUCUGAACUGAAUUUGAAAGUGAAAAUAAGAACAUGGUAAGUUGUCGAUGGGGGAAGAGAAAGUGACGGGAGGGAGGGAGGUACAAUGAUGAGGAAAAGAUGCCACUGUUUGGGUCGCCAAAAGAGAACAUGAGACAUUUUGUUAAUAGAUGUUUUUGAAGAAAAAAAAGGUUAUUAAAAGUAUAGAUCUAAAAGGUUUUAUUUUGUCAGGUUUUCUAUAAAUGUAUAUUAGGGUCAAAAAAAGGUUGAAAAAAACACGGUAAAAAACAAGAAAUCUUAGCUGUACAUUAAUACCACACCGUUCUGGAAGCACAUCCUGGUUUGAUAAAGACUCACCACGUUUGACGAAUAACCACGUAACUUAAGUGUCGUCAAUCACUUAUUUAUAUUUUGUACGUUCACAAGGAACAGGAUUUCGCUCCAAAAAUCUGAAUCAGAGGAUGUCGCGUUUGAGUUGUUACCGCUGGGGUUGAUGUCACGUUGCAAAUUCUGAACCGUCUGGACUUGGAGAAAGGCCGAGCACAACUGGAACACGCUGUACGAUUCACGUCGCGAACACAUUGGUCAUCGCUGUGAGCCUGUCUGCAUCGCUAUAGGUGUAAUCCAGCUAGCUUGUCGUUCUUGCCGAAUCUACUCUCGCCACACGGAAUAAAGACAUUUGAUAUCCACAUUUUACACCCGUUUGUACGAUUUUUCUAUGGCUAGCUCCAGUGCAUAUGUCUAUGUUGUGUUCGUAUCGGUUGGUGAGUAGUCGAACCUGGAUCAUUUUGCUUUCCGUCACCGCUCACAACCGUUCCGUGUAUACAGGGCUUCAGUGGUGAGCAUGAUUUUAAAAAGUGUACAAAUGUUCAUAUGAUAUUCUUUCAAAGUGCCAGUUUUCGUGGUGUCAUUCGGAUUAUUAACCGAUUCAUUCAUGACCGGACUCCUGAUGCUUAAGUGGAAGUGAUUUCAAUCAAAAAUGGUCACACUGUAUAAAAAGUAUGGUAAUAUAGUAUAUAUAUUUUUUACGAUGUUUUAGGUUGGGCAGCUGAGGUGUAGAACAGUGUAGGUACAGAAGCAUAUUUUUUUUCUCUGAGUUGCUGGGUGAGCAGACGGCGUUCACAGCGGUCCGUCUUUCUGAGAGAGCUAGCCGUAGCUCUCAUCGGCGAAUGGCAUGUGCCUGCAUUGAUCUUUUUUUUUUUUUUUUUUUUCUUUGUGAUGUGAUUUUAUAAAGCCUGCAUAUUUUACACAGUGUUUACAAAGAUGUAUGUUGUGGUAAAAAUCUAUAAACUACAAAAAACAAGUACGCUUCACUGUAUAAAUGUUAAUUCCAGAGGUUAAAAAAAAAUGGUUCUAACAAGUCCCAGCAUCCCCUUUUGUGUCCUCAGUGUGGUUUCAUUGGACAAUACUGAACUCUCUCUCAACAACAAGCCAUUGAUGUGACAAUUCUGGCAUCUUGGGUGUGAUGGGUGAUCAUGCAUUUACAAAACAAGCCCAGGAUACAGACACAAAUUGAAUCAACCUACCAGUGCGGAUGAAACGUUCAAGAUAACUGUGGUAGCAAAUGUGUUUGUACCUCUCAUGUGCCUUAACCUUUUCCAUGGUAUCAGAAAGACCAGUGUGUUUUAUAACUCUUCACUCAUUUCUAUAUCCCCUCGUUUCUGCCCACAGAACACAAUCAUUCAUGCCCCACGUCCCCUCCAUCACCCCGAGUAGUUUAGACUGUUGGUGGUUUCUGCCUUGUAUUAUAAACCUUAGAGUCGUUCAAAUAUGGUUUGGUUUCUUAGAGAAGUAAAGCUGUCGAUGCGAUGGUAGCGAGCAGACCAGAUGCCACAGUGACAGAAUGUAUUAUGUUAAUUUUACUAAUACCCACAGACAAAUAUUACGCUUGUAAAACAUAACGGAAAAAUACUGGUUUGUAGAGUAUACAUUUGGUGUGUUUUCAAUAAAUC